CGCAAGGUCGGGCUUAUGGGCAAGGGACUACUGUUCGGCCAUAAAAGAGGACGGCUUUCCGCCGGCGGCCCUGUUUUGUUUGCGACUUGUUGCUUUUCGCGCGGGGUGCGCUCGUCCGUCAAACAUGCGGGCCUCUCCCUCCUCCUUCUCCUCAUUCUCGAGUUCCCGUCCCCGCGUGGUUCGGUCUGCUCGCUUAUUGCUUACCCGAGUUGUUUUGUGUUCCUGCUUGCCUCCCCUUUGCGGACUCAGCUCGCGGAAGAGGACGAGCACAUGGACGCGAGCGUGACCGAGACGUACAUGGGCGAGUGGAAGAACGACAAGCGGAGCGGCUUCGGGCUGAGCGAGCGGUCCGACGGGCUGCGCUACGAGGGCGAGUGGUUCAACAACAAGAAGUACGGCUACGGCGUGACCACCUUCAAGGACGGCACCCGGGAGGAGGGCAAGUACAAGAACAACGUGCUCAUCACGAGCCAGAAGAAGAAGCACCUGUUCCUCAUCCGGUCGGCCAAGUUCCGGGAGCGGAUCGACGCGGCCGUGUCGGCGGCGCAGCGCGCGUCCAAGAUCGCGCUCCAGAAGGCGGACAUCGCCAUCUCGAGGACGGCCACGGCGCGCGGCAAAGCUGAGCUGGCGGACAUCGCCGCGGAGCACGCGAGGGAGGACCACGAGACCGCGAGGAUGACGGCCAAGCAGUUCGCGCCGGACUUCAAUCAGCCAGGUCUCGACCGAAUAGGCAAGGACACGGCCAAGUUCCGCCCUCCGCCCGAGGACGCCGUCCCGGGCAAGUCGAUCCUCACCAAGACGGGCAGUAUCGACCACAUGAACCACGCGCCGACUCAGCAGCAGCAGCAGCUGCACGCUCAGCAACAGCAGCAGGCGCAGCAGCAGCAGCAGCAGGCGCAGGCCCAGGCGCAGCAGCAGCAACAGCAGCAACAACAACUCCUUCAGCAGCAGCUGCAGACGCAGCACUUGCACAACCAGCUGCAGCAACAGCUGCAGCAGCAGCAGCAGAUGCAGCAGUCGUACAACCAGCAGUACAACCUGCAGCCGCAGUACCAGUCCACCAUCACCCCGCCCACCCCUCUCCCCGAGGCCAACGCGAUGCCGAACUUCCAGCAGAUGAGCGGCGUGUCGCUCGGGCUCGGCCAGGCCACCCAGGGCCUCGCGCAGGGCCUGGGCCAGAUGGGGCCCGGCAUGAGCAUGGGCCACGCGCCGCUGCACCAGGACGGCGACAACAUGUCCACCGGCGGCGGCUCGGUCGGCGGCCGGCGCACCUCGCUGCGGCGCAACUCGCGCCUCGUCAGCUCCAUGUCGCACGACAGCCCCGCCUACAACUUCCAGCAGGCCAUGUCCGACCACUUCGACCAGUACAAGCGCCCGCCGAGCAGGGACUCGUCCGUGGACCGCUACUCCAGGGCCGCCAUGGGCGCGGCCCGGCUCUCCUCCGGGUCCAGGCAGCCCAGCGUGGACAAGAACGCGCCCCCCGAGAUCUUGGACAGGACGCAGCGCGCCGGGUCCAGCGCCCGGGGGACGACGCCCGCCCCCGGCGGCGGCAGCAACGGCUCGGCGGUGGGGGCGGGCGCGCAGGGGCUGAGCCAGGGGCUGGGCCACCAGCGCGGCUCGCUGGGCCAGGCCGUCGCCCACCAGCCCAUGGCGGCGCCCGCGCCCUACGCGGUGCCCUCCACCGAGCAGCCGUUCGAGGACGUACUGCUGCGGAAGAGGAACCUCGGCCAGGACAUCAUCCCCUCGCCGGCGCAGCCCAAGAGGACAGAAUCCCUGUACAUUAACCCCAACCCCAGAGGGGCCGCCCCCAAGGUGAGCACACACACAGACACGCCCGCUGUUCACUCAGUCCGCCAGCCAGGCUGUCAACCAGUUGAAGGUACGGUAGACCGACGUCCGGGAGGAAGGGAGGGGUCGGGGGGCGCAGGGGAACCGCCACCCAAAACCGAAAUCGACCGUCGAUAUCUGAUUCCGUUGCUCGCGUUCCCUUUUCUUGACACCAAUGCACCGCCGAUGCGGAAGACCUUUGCGUGGCGCGCGGUGGCACGUGCUCUUCAGACAGACUCAUUAAGCCAAGGGUAACAUUUUUGUCGCCAGAGACAGGCUUGGCCGCCCCGUCCGGCCCGCCCGCCCCGGCCUGACACAAGGCUCGAGCUUUUCUCUCCUAACUACCGCGGGGGCUGCCAGGGAGCGCCAGAGGCCAGAGGACGUGCCGGCGAG